CAGAGUCCCACUCAAAUAAUCCAAAAUGUUUUUGCUCACAGCUCAUGAAAAUCGCCAAUCAGCAUUCGUCACCAGUUCCUUACCCUUAAGAUGAAAAUAUUUUGAGUUGCUAACUCUCAAUCUCUAAUUCAUUUAAUCGAAAAUUAAAACGAAAAAUGAAAUUCCAAAUCUCAUAUACGAAUCUCCUGCUGUGCUGGGGUCUGAUCUGGGCGCCCAUAACUUUUGGCAGUGAAGACUAUUACGAACUUCUGGGAGUCAACAAGGACGCGAACAACAGGGACAUCAGAAAAGCGUUCAAAAAGCUUGCUGUCAGCAUGCAUCCUGACAAGAAUAAGGAUGAUAAGGAUGCCCACGACAAGUUUGUGAAAAUUGCUAGGGCUUACGAGACCUUGAAAGACCCAGAUCUGAGAAAACACUACGAUCUUUAUGGAGAGGACAACCAGAACAAACGCCAACAAAGCUAUCAAUCGUGGAGCUAUUACAGAGACAAUUUUGGCAUUUAUGACGAUGAUCCUGAAAUUGUGACGCUCAAUAGAGCAGAAUUUGAGCAAACUGUGGAAACCGGCGGUGAUGUGUGGUUCAUCAAUUUCUACUCUGCAAUGUGCAGCCAUUGCCAUCAGCUGGCUCCCACUUGGAGAAAAUUUGCCCAACGAAUGCAGGGUGUGAUCAGAGUUGGAGCGGUUAACUGUGAAGACGACUGGGUGCUGUGUAGAAACGAGAAUAUCGGAUCAUAUCCUAGCCUUCUUUAUUAUCCUGAUAAAGAGAAAUUCCGCGGUGACAGGUCAGAAGACGACCUGGUGAAAUACAUUUUGAAUAAGUUGGACAUAGAUAUUAGACAAGUGACACCAAGCUCCUGGCCUACCUAUGAAAACAUUCCGCGGCUGCUCUUUUUCAGCGAUUUUUCGGGAGAUGGACCCAGCGAUGAAACCCGCUCCAAGGUUUCCAUUAUGCUGGAAGGAUUGAUGACAGUAGCUCAUGUGGAAUGCGAGAAAUACGAGAGUUUUUGUGAGGUAAUGGGUGCCUCGUCAGGAACUGCGGUUUGGCCAACUAAACAGGAUAGUCACCCUGUCUUCUUAGGAGGCUUGGAAGCACAGGAAAUAGUCAACCAGGUGCUAUACCACCUUCCAGAGCCCCCCAUUAUCACUCUCAAGGAUUUUGAAGACCUGCAUGAGAAACUGCAAGAUGGUGCUUCUGAGCCUUGGCUGCUCUACUUUCACAUGGGUGAACCUGAGUCUGCCAGGUUGGACUUGAGAAAGCUACCCGCCAAACUGCCUGGAAUACGCAUUGGAAGGGUCAAUUGUGGGCAAAGUCAUCAGUUGUGUUCAAAUUUGCACAUUCAUAGAUAUCCUGUAUAUGGAGUUUUCAAGCUUGGCGGCACAUAUGAACUCUACCACGGCCGGUCCUUGGCCUCUGACGUGGCUCAUUUUGCCAGGCAAAGCUCCAGAGCACAGCAUGUGACCACCCUGACCCCUGAUGAGUUUCCUUUGUCCUCUUCACCAAUGCUCGUCGACUUUUUCGCGCCCUGGUGCCCACCGUGUAUGCGGCUGCUCCCAGAGCUGCGCUUGGCUAGCCAGACCCUGGGAUCGUCUGUGCCUGUCGGAACAGUCGACUGCACUGUUCACGCGGGCCUCUGCAGACAAAUGGGCGUCAACUCGUACCCGACCACCCGCCUGUACAAUGGCUCCAAUGUCAACCUCUUCACUGGCGAGCACAGGGCAAGCAGCAUUGUUGAGUUCUUGGAGGACCUCAUGUCUCCUGUUGUUCAGGAACUGGACCCAGAUAGCUUUUACGAAAUUGUGGGGAGGAAAAAAGAGGAAGAAAUGAUGCUUGUGGACUAUUUUGCUCCUUGGUGUGGACCUUGCCAACAACUUGCACCGCAAUGGAGAAAAUUAGCUAAGAUGCUGUCUGACUUGAGUAUGGUCAAACUUGCGUCGGUGAACUGUGAGAAAUACUCUGAUCUCUGCUUGCAACAAGGAGUUCGCUCAUAUCCUUCAAUCAGGGUCUACCCGUUGGGUUCUAAAGGCCUUUCGCAAGUGGCCUUGUACAGUGGAUACCACAGAGACGCAAAUACUCUGCGCCAGUGGGUGAUGAAUUUCAUUCCUAGCCUGGUGGAGAACUUAAAUGAGGACACAUUCAACAGAAUAGUACGUGGCAGCUCCAAGCCCUGGCUGGUGGACUUUUACGCUCCAUGGUGCGGACACUGCACUGUAUUUGCUCCUGAAUUCGACUUGGCCUCUAGGAAACUGGAAAAACUGGGCGUGAAUAGUGGAAAGAUUGACUGCCAGGAGCACCGUUCCUUUUGUCAGCUACUAGGGGUCAAUGCUUAUCCUACAGUGCGACUCUUUUUACCUAAUGAAAGAGGGAGAGGAAUCGACAUUUCCAACAGAUCUGCUGAUGACUUAGUUCAAGUCGUUGCUUCCUUGUGGACAACUGAAGCACCUGAACAUGAUGAGCUGUGAUUCAAGUCAUUUUCUGCGUUCGACUUAGCACAAUUUUUACCCCGUAAUUGCCCCUAAUAUUAUCCCUUCAGUAUUUUUGUGCCACUUGAACUUAAUUCAUUUUAUCAUUUAAAUUAUUUACAAUCUCAAUUUCAAGUCCUUGCCAAAAACUAAUUUUAACUUGUGUUCCUAAACUGUAAGAAAAAGCUGAUAUGUUGAUCAUUAAAACAGGAUGUCCUUUUUCUACAUUUUCAACUGAUUAUCUAAUGAUAAUGAAAGAAACAAUAAUUUCCGUAACAA